AUGGCAGCCCCCACCCAAUCUCAUAACGCCUUACCCGAUGACUUCAGCGUCACUACUCUCACUCUUGACCUAAAUCGCGCGGAGUCCAAACGGUUUCUACACGCCAGCCAAGACGUGCCCGGAACUACAGAGUAUUGGUCGGCUCCUCCAACCUCCAUUCUUUGGCUCAGCUGUCAUCCCCACAAUUCUUACUACGACAGGGACGGCAAGGGCUGGAAGGCUAUCGAGAGAAAACAUGUUGCGACGCUGAUCCGCGCCUUUACGAACAUCCGGGCAAAAUUCCCGACUCUUCAACCAGUAUACGGGGUUAUAGCCAUUGGGGUGGAUCUACGACUGUACAGGGAGAGGCUGAACACAGAGGAUGAUGCCGAGGAUGGCAAGCUUGCGGUGGAACAGUUCUGGUUCAACGAACAAAACGUUUUUCACGAUUAUAAAGACAUCGAAAUCGUGAAGCAGUGGAUGUCAUCCAUCCCUCUCAACUUUGAGCCGGAUACACAUCUUAAGUCUGACCUUAAGGAGCUGUAUGGUUGGGAUCCCAUUUUCAUCGACUUGUUGGGUAUGUCUUGGCUGGAUUCAGAUUAAUCUGACUAGCAAUUUAUACUGCUGAGUGAAUCCUUCGCGUGCCUCGCUAGACCGAUCUACGACAAGGCUCUCUAUUUCCUGACAGACUUUGUUUCCGAGUUUAUUGAUUUACUCUGCGUGUUCGGAAUAGUAAUGUGGAACGGCUAUUUAUGCUAGGAGAUGGUAAGGGAGAACUGGGCGAAGCUAUUCCUCACGUUAUGAUUUCCCCAUUGUGC